GUAAUGUUUGCCAUCUCUUAUUUAUUUAAUGCUGAUGAAAUUCUCAUAUGUCGUUCUCAUAUAGUAUCAACGUCCAAGGCUUCAGAAGAGCAGUCACAUUCAACACUUCAUCCACAUUUGAAUUACAAGCAUUUCCGAAGCAAUGUUGACAAAAUUGCACAGAAUAUUCGUGACAGAGCUAUUCACGACGCGGACAUUUACAAAGUCGUAAACUUGUAUGAUAAAGUUCGAAUACUUCGUGCUGAAGUCAAAGAUAUCAAUCGUAUGAGAAACGAUGUACAAAAACAAGCUCAAGUGGCAAAGGCCGAGAGACAUUCAGCUUUAGUUGAAAGAGGUCGUGAGCUAAAGGAACAGGCGCAGGCUAAAGGAAUGGAACUAGAUAAACUAGAGACCGAGUUAGUACUGGAAGGAUCGAAAAUUCCCAACGACACACACCCCGAUGUGCCUGUUGGCGGUGAAUCCAAGGCACAUAUAAUUAAAGAACAGGGAAUACCCAUCGAUAGAACCACCCACUCGUUUGAAAUUAAAGAUCACAUGUCAUUAUCACGUAGUUUAGAUCUAAUAGAUCUUGAGUCUGCCGCAAAUGUUACUGGUAGCAGCUGGUAUUAUCUUCGCAACGCCGGCGCUUUGUUGGAACUGGCUCUAAUACAAUACACUAUGUUAAAAGUUACAAAUAAAGGAUUCACUCCGAUAAUAACACCGGACGUUGUAAGAGCAGAAUACAGCUAUGCAUGUGGCUUUCAGCCUCGAUCGCACGAGGCAUCUCAGAAUUACUUUGUCACAUCUGGACGUCCGUCGCCUUCUGGACAAUCUCCCCGAUUGAUGUUGGCUGCAACCGCCGAAGUUCCAUUAGCUGGGAUGUAUUCGAAUAGACUACUCUCCGAAUCACAAUUACCAAUAAAAAUGGUUGGGUUUGGUAGAGCUUUUCGUGCCGAAGCAGGAGCUAGAGGGGCUGAUACGAAAGGAUUAUACAGAGUUCAUCAGUUUAGCAAAGUAGAAUUGUUUGCUUUGACAACACCGCACGAGAGCGAAGCUAUUCACGAAGAAAUCAGAUUGAUUCAAGAGGAAAUUUUUGAGGAGUUAGGACUAUGUUAUAGAACAUUAGAUAUGCCAACCGAGGAGUUGGGAGCAAGUGCAUACAGAAAGUACGACAUAGAAGCGUGGAUGCCCGGACGUGAUGGAUGGGGAGAGAUAUCAUCGGCAUCCAAUUGCACGGAUUAUCAGUCUCGACGACUAAACAUCAGAUAUCGCCCAACUUCGUCCCACGGUGGCGAUAUUCAUGCUGAGGACGGCAGGCAGCAGAAGACAACAGAAUAUGUGCAUACUCUGAAUGGCACAGCGUUGGCUGUCCCUCGUGUGAUCAUUGCAAUUCUAGAGAACUUUCAGACACGUGAGGGAAAAGUACAUAUACCAGAAGUGUUGGUGCCAUGGAUGGGAGGAUCGAAAGUCAUCCCAUGA